AUACUGUUACCAUGCAGCUAACUUCUCUUACAAACUUCUCUAUUUCUGUCUUAUGGAAUGCAAAGUUUGAGAGGGCAGCAUAUGUUUCUAACAGCACUAUAUUUGGAGGGAACAAAAAAUAGGUUAAGGUUUUAAAAAAACAGGCCAGGUAUCUUAUCUAUUGCUCACCAAUAGUAAGAGCUUCCUAUCCUUCUUUCCAUUUCUUUUCUCUACCCCACAUUACAAGUCUUUUACAUGAUUGCAGUGUUUAUUGUUUACAUUAAACUAGGGGAAAUACUUGUAAAUAUAAAAAGGUAAAGGUUUCCCCUGACGUUAAGUCCCAUCGUGACCGACUCUGGGGGUUGGUGCUCAUCUCAAUUUCUAAGCCAAAGAGCCAGUGUUGUCCAUAGACACCUCCAAGGUCAUGUGGCCGGCAUGACUGCAUGGAGUGCCGUUACCUUCCCGCUGGAGCGAUACCUAUUUAUCUACUCACAUUAUCAUCUUACCUCACAACAUAUCUUGCUAAACUGUGUAUUUUAAUAAACUUAGAUGUGUUGUUAUAAAACAACCCAUAAGACAGAUAACUACUUGACCACGUUUGUCCGUUUCUUUGGUUGGAAGGUGAGGAGAUAAAUGAUAGAUCGGGACAGCUAGACCAUACCAGUCUAGAAUAAAUUUCCCUAUGAGGUGGCUGGAGGACUUCUGGAAGCUUUGAAAUACACCUGGACUACACUCCCAUUCUAGGUCCCUGACUGUCACAGUAGAAAACUACAGCUGUUUCCAGAAAAUUGUCUCCUACUUCCCACAAGCAAUUCUUCUCACAAAGGCCACAUGGCAAGAAGUGUGAGAUCCAUAUAUAAUUCUUGGACAGAGGGAAGGUAGCAGGAGAAGAUGAAGAAGCCACUCUUUGAAUAUUUUUUCCAGCUCAGCUUUCAGGCUUCUUCUGAGGGCAUUCUGGCCAGGUAGACUCUGGUCUUUAAUCGCUAACUCCUAGCCAACAUUCAUCUCAAAUUGCCACCUCCUUCUCACCUCCUCUGGCUUCCCAGCAACUGUGGCCAAGGGCUGCAUGUGUCCCAGUUGCUUGGAAACACUAUAAUGGUGUAUCCAUCACAGAUUUAGUUUCAGUUCAUGCUUUCACAAUCACUUUAGCAGUUUCCAGUUUGUGCCCUGAUAACUGUGUUAUCUGCUCAGGUGUAGAGAUGGCCAGCUUCUUGCCACAAUUUUCUAGGCUCUCCUCAAAAGUAUCAUAUUUUGUGGUUAACUAUUUUAAACUAAUAGGAUAGGUUUCCCUACUUUCUCUGAAUGUGAUAUAGUGAAGAAAGGCUCAGGCAGAUAUGCUCAUGAAAUAGGACUAUAUUGUGGGAUGUUUCCAUUACCUACGAUGUUAUUUGCAACUUGGUAAACUUUGUUGAAAGUGUGAAUGGAUCAGGCAGUGGAUAGUGAACAGAUAAGGAAGAAAAUAGUUCAGCAAGCAGGUCUUGGCACGAAAAAUGUUUGUGGUGUUCAUCAGUUUGUGGCUAUAUGUUCAAAUGUCUUAUGAACAAUUGAUUAGUACAUUUUCAAGGAAACUCAAUUAACCAUGUGUUCUUCUUUAUAAAUAAGACUGUUUGGACACAAAAUAUUGGUUUUAUUAUCCCAGACUAUGCAGUUUGGCACCUUAACUACACUGGUGUUCUUUUGUUCAGUUAUAAUGAAGGACAUCUGAGUUUUUUACCAAUAUGUCAAAAGCUCUCAUUGGCAGAAUAAAGGCUAAGUAUCUCCUCUCAUAUUUAGUGCCAGUCUGCUCCAUAUUAUUCCUCAUGAAUAAUAUUUUCUGAAAGGGAGAGGAAUAGAAUGUGGUGUGUGUGUGGGACUCAGUUGUGACUUUCCAGUGUUGUGCAUGCUUAAGCCCUUAGACUCUUGAGUGGCAUUCACAGAGCUUAUUGAUCAAGCAGUUCUGACACUACUAUAUGGAAUAGAAGACUUGAGUUUGUCCUUUCCUAUGGAAUUACAUAGUGGGAUUCACCAAAACAUACUGUCAUAGAAGGAUGCUUAAAUCUGUUGAAAAUAUAUUCAGUGUAUAUUUUUUUAGGCUACCAUUCCAGACAAUCUGCUUCAUCUUGAUCCAUCAUCAUUCCAGGAUAGUAGUGUCUCUGAGGCUCUCUGAUGACUUUGACAUGAUACAGAAGAUUUAAAAUUAGCUGAUGUUCACAAGGAAAAGAAUCACGUGAUGUAUGAAGGCAAACACAUACACUUUUCUGAGGUUGACAAUAAACCGUUGUGCUCGUACAGCCCCAAACUGUGCAAGCAAAGACGACUUAACGGCUACGCCUUCUGUAUCAGGCACGUUUUGGAGGACAAGACCGCCCCCUUCAAGCAAUGUGAAUAUGUGGCCAAGUACAAUAGCCAACGUUGCACCAACCCCAUCCCCAAAUCUGAGGACCGUAGGUACUGCAACAGUCAUCUACAAGUUCUUGGCUUUUUACCGAAAAAGGAGAGGAAGAAAAAGAAUGAUCCAAUAGAGGAGGUAAAAGUCCGGCACCAGAUGGAUUCCAUGGCCUUCAGCUUGAUGGUCCCUCCACUGGCCUUGAAGAUGCCCAAUGGCCUGGAUGGGAUGUCCCUCUCUCCACCAGGAGCACGGCUUCCUCUCCACUACCUGGAAGCAGAAUUGGAAGACCCAUUUGCUUUCAACGAGGAAGACGACGAUCUCAAGAAAGGGACGACAGUGAAGAAAAAGCUGCAGAGUAAAUUAGCCCAAAACCGACAGCGCCAGAGAGAAACAGAGAUCCUGAAAGUUCGCCAAGAGCACUUUAACCCCCUUCCUGCACCUUUGCAGCAGCAGCAGCCGCCGCCUCAACCGCCGCCGCCGCCUCAGCCACCGCAACAACACUCCCAUCUCUCACCUUUACCAACUUCUUUAAAGCCAGCAGGGCUACCGCAGGGCUUAGUCUGCAAGUCACCUCAACCUCAGAACACCAGCCUACCAAUGCAGGGAGUGGCGCCCACCACACACACUAUAGCACAAGCCAGGCAGUUGUCCAAUAAGAGACCUCUGCCUCUCCCACACCCCGCCAAGGCUCCUGCUCCAGACCUGCCCCGGCCUGACAGGAUCCUCAUGAAAGCCACAGCCUUCUCUCCCCACUCAUUGUGUAUGAGCCGGCUACAGAGACUGAUGAAACUGUGCACUCAGAAACAGCAGCUGGAUGCUGAUCUGUUUCCACAUUUAGGGUUGGACUGGUCUGAAGACAGCGGAGAAGAAUUUGAAGAACUAGAGCAAAACUCGCCAUACCAUGUUGCAUGGUCUAUCCGGGAAGCCCUCAGAUAUGAAAGGAAUGAGCCAGAUGAUGAUGAUGAUGAUGAUGAUGCCAGUGGCAGGAGUUCCCGCAUUUCCCAACUUUGCACUUACUUUCAGCAGAAAUACAAGCACCUCUGCCGCCUGGAGCGGGCAGAAUCUCGUCAAAGGAAAUGCCAACAUACAUUCCGGAAAGCAUUGCUGCGGGCAGCCAACAGGGAGCCAGAGUGUGCUGGGCAGCUGAUACGGGAACUUCGAAGGGCCUCUUGUAGCCGUACCAGCACAAGCCAGGUGAAGCAGCGGGAUACAUCACUGUGUCGUGGAACCACAAAGGGUGAAGCGUGCACCAACAAGGCUCUUCCAUUCACAAAACAUUGUUUCCAACAUAUUCUCUUGAACCGGUCACAGCAGCUUUUCUCAAGCUGCACAGCCAAGUUUGCCGAUGGACAGCAAUGCUCUGUGCCAGUUUUUGACAUUACGCAUCAGACACCCCUAUGUGAAGAACACGCCAAAAAGAUGGAUAACUUCUUGCGAGGAGACAGUUCCCGUAAAGUUCAGCACCAGCAGCAGAGGAAACCCAGGAAAAAAACAAAGCCACCUGCGCUUACCAAAAAACACAAAAAGAAGAGAAGGCGAGGACCACGGCGUCCCCAAAAGCCUAUUCCUCCUGCUGUGCCCCAAGGAAACCUCAGUAUGCCCACCAGCGUCUCACUGCCAAUGGAGAUAUCCCAUAUACGGAGCCCUUCCACACCAGAGCUGAGUACAGAUGAACUGCCCGAUGACAUCGCCAAUGAAAUCACAGACAUUCCACAUGACCUCGAACUGAAUCAAGAGGAUUUCUCGGAUGUCCUGCCACGGCUGCCUGAUGACUUGCAAGACUUUGACUUCUUUGAAGGUAAAAACGGAGACCUCCUUCCCACUACCGAAGAAGCAGAGGAGCUGGAGCGAGCUCUGCAGGCUGUAACUUCUCUCGAGUGCCUGAGUACCAUGGGGGUGCUCACGCAGACAGAUGGCGUCCCAGUCCCCGAGCUCUCAGAGCGAGGGAUAGGGGUAUUUUCCACAGGUGCUGAAACUUCAGGAAUUCCAUCCUUGAGCCGGGAAGUCAAUGCAGACCUAGGCGAGUUGCUGAAUGGGCGUAUCGUACACGAUGACAAUUUCUCCAGCCUGGACCUGGAUGAGAGCUUGCUUCGUUCUGCUACCUUAUCCAACCCCCCCACGCCCCUGGCAGGGCAAAUUCAGGGGCAGUUCUCUGCCCCCGCCAACGUUGGCCUUACUUCUGCCACUCUGAUAAGCCAGAGUGGGCUCGGGGAGAGAGCCUUCCCAGGACAAUUCCCAGGACUUCACGAUGGCAGCCAUGCCUCUCAGAGGCCACUCCCUGCCCAGCUGCUAAGCAAGGCAGACGACCUAAUCACCUCACAACAGCAAUACAGCAGUGACCAUUCACACUCCUCACCCCACGGAAGCCAUUACGACAGCGAGCACGUCCCGUCACCCUACAGCGACCACAUAACAUCCCCCCAUGCCUCCUAUUCUGGUGAUAACCUGGCAGCUACGUUUUCCACAGAGAUGCCCAUCAUAGCACAACAUUUGCUCCCAUCACAACUGGAGGUGCCACUGGGUGGGGUGGUGAACCCCAGAACUCACUGGGGGAGCCUCCCAGUCAGCCUAGGCGACCCUUCUCCGUUCAACAACCUGCUUGGUGCAGAUGGACACCUCCUCUCUACUUCCCUCUCCACGCCGCCUACCACUUCGCACUCAGAGACCACACAGCCUGCCUUCGCCACUGUGACCCCCAACAGCUCCAGCGUGCUUCCGGGGUUACCACAGACCAGUUUCAGCGGCAUGGGUACGGCAUCGUCUGAACUCAUGGCCUCCACAUCCCCCAAGCAACAGCUCCCACAGUUCAGUGCUGCCUUUGGCCAUCAGCUGAGCUCCCACAGUGGCAUUCCCAAGGACUUGCAGCCCAGCCACAGUUCCAUAGCUCCUCCGACGGGCUUCACAGUAACCGGUGCCACAGCUACCAGUACCAAUAAUGCAUCUACUCCCUUCACCACCUCCAGUUGAGCUUGUCUGUUGCUCUGUAUUUCAGACGGUUGUGUUCCCUUCUGCCCCACCACACCCUACCCAUCAUCUUCUCUUCCUGGUUUUUGUCACCAACUUUUAAAAAGACAGUUGGUUUUUUUAUUUCAAACAACAAGAGUGAGCAAGAAGUCCCAAUUUAGGACUGACAAGGCUUUUCUUGUCGCUAAGCUCUGCUCUGAUGAUCUUAUGUGCUGUUUAUGUAAUGGUGCUCAUUUUCUCCUGGCAGGUUUGCUGUAUAUUCCCAGUUAAUACUCCAGUUAGGAAACACAGCACAGAUACUGGAUGUCAUUGAUCUUAGGCCAAGAAAUGAGAAGAUGGAUGUAGUUGACCUUAGAACCAGAAAUGAGAAGAUACCUCAAAUAAAACUAAUGCAAGUUCCUAACGUUCUGUUCAAGCUUUCAGUUCCAUUGGUAUCUGAGAAGGAAGUGGAGAGCUGUUAUAGUUUUAACGGUGCAAAUAGGGUGAAAGGUAAAUCAACUCUUCUUUUGUUUGAUAAUUUGGUAAUUGGGCAACAUAGAAUUAAGCCAAUACUAUGGUUCUCUUGUUAACUCUUGACCUUCUCUUUAAGUGUAGGGGUGUGUGUGAUUGCGUGUGUGUAUAUUUGAUGGGUAAAUGACAGUUCUUUUCUUUCCUGAAUUGAAGAAGUUCUUUCUCAAAACUAGUGACUCUUUCUCCUGAAAGCUAAUUUGUUUUCUGAAAUUGGGCUUAUUAAAUAAAAGGAAGCUUAAAUCAACAGAAAAUGCCAAAUUGUGCUUGUUGGUCCAGAGUAACCCAGGUGGCUACUGGAAAGCUUUGAAAUAAACUAUAAUGAUAUAGUUGUUCAGAUAAAGUAUAGAUAUUACCUGCAGCUGAUCAAUUGUUGGUAAGUUGGCUUUUUCCGAUAAAGUACUAUGUGGAUUUCUCCCAUGGAAAUAAAUUCUUAAAUGAAACUGGUAGACAUAUUAUGAACCCCCUUUUUGAUCCAAAUCAGUUUAGACAAGAAUUACUGAGUGUUUUUUAUCAAGUUGUUGCUUUAUGCUUCUGAAGAUCCCUAUAGGAGGGAGAAACUUUGUGGUGUUCCAUAAUAUUUUUAAAAUAUUAAAUAUUUUUUAAAACCACAUAAGCUGCUGAAAGGUUUUUAUUCUUCUAUGUCUUAUUGUUCAAGAAUUUUUUAAAACUCAGUUUCUGUUUUUGUCACUUCAUGAAAAGCUGCAACAAUCAAAUUUUAAGGGUGGGUAUUACGAGGGCUACUUCCUUUGAGAAAUGUUCUCAAACAAUCUUCAGUUUUCUCCUCCUCCUCUCUGUCUCUGAAAGUGGCCUUGUGCUUGUGGUGACUUUAAUUCUCCCAAAAAUAUUUUGUAGCUUAUGAAGUUUGUUUUCUCAUGAAAUCAAGUUCAACAUGGUGGAAAUAAUCUUUGCUAUUUGGAUUUUAUUUCACUUGUUUUCCCUCUCAUAGGCAAGGAAAGAAUUGUCAUCUACUCAUAAGAAGAGGUGUCAUUAUGUCUCAUAGCAACAGGUCGAACUGUACAUGACUUCCUAUAAAUUUCCAAUAUGUUAAAAAGAUAUGAAGAGAAGACACACUCUAGCAAACUAUUUUAAAUGGUUUGAGAUUGGGAACAAGAGAAAGCUCUGAUUUUUCUUUGUGACUGAAGCUGUUAUUUUCUACUGUAGCUUUUGUAUUCCAUUUAUAAUGGUGCUUAUAUGAAAAAAUGUAACAGAAGCCCCUCUGAUUUUUAAACUUUGAGAGCAGAUAUUCCAGGUAUUUCCCAUUGAUAUCUCACUGAUUAGAGGUAUUGCCUUCUUUAAGAAAGCUUUGCUGCUUAUUCUUUUUGAAAGGAUCAGGGACUGAGAGCUAGCUCUUGCAAAACGUAUGUAGCUAGAAACAUUAUGUGCUUUGCACUUUGUGACAUCUUACCCCAGCUGAAACUGAACUGUAUAAUAAACGUGUAAGUGUGGGGAAAAAAUCAUAUUUGGAAUGUAGACCCGUUUAAGCCACAGGAAAAAAUGAGGUGAAACUCCUUACAUCUUUCCUAUCUGUUUAAGUGCACAGUGUUUUGUGAAAGUGGGUUCCAUUCAGCAGGGUGCAGUCUCCCUGCUGAACUCACAUCAACAAAUAUGAUUUUUGUGUUAAAAAUCCUUUUGGUUUUGCUUUGGUCCUGUCUAUUUCUUCAUUCCAUAAAUUUUGAAUGGAUAACAAUGAUAGGUUCUCAGGAGAUAGUGAUUUGGUUUAGCAAAUUGCAAGCUCAGUUUUGGUAAUUUAUUGUUAUUGUCAUUUGCCCUGACUUGAUCCUGGUACCUAAAAAUGCAACAGAAUGACUGGGACCCUUUAGACACUACUGUGUCCUGUGCACACAGAAGGGAUGCCCAGUCGCCUCCUUGGUGCUGCACCCUCUUCCAAACACCUGAAAACCUCCACAGAUAACUAUGGCACCCUCCAAGUUGGUGUGUCCAGAGGGAAGUCGGCAGAGAAUGAAAACUCACCAGUUGUAAUUUUGCCACUGACAACCCUUCUGCUGUUUCUCAGUUUUAUUCACAGCCUAGCUUUAAAAACCAAACAAGCAUAGCCCUGUUGACAUUCAGUCCAAAGUCUUGCCAAUCUAGCAUGACAGUGGCUCUAUUUGAUUGUGAUGCUAAGCUGUGGUUAGCAUAACGGGAGUGGACCUUGCCUUUUUUCUCCUUGCCUGGAGUAUGUGUCACGUUGCUGCUCACAUCGCAGCUUCAAGGAGAAGUUUGUUUUGAUUAAUCACAGUUCUUUGUCACUCAAAUUGAAGGAAACUGGUUAAUCUUAACUCUGGUUUGUUUCAUAGAACUCAACUUUGGUUUUAGGAAGCAAACAACUCUCAACAAAGCAUAGAUUAACCAAAGGUUUGAUGAUCUACAAGUUGUAGUUAAUCAAAAAUUGGCUGGAGAUGAAUAGAACUGUACAGACCUGUGGCAAUAACGCAUGGUUUCAGCAGUGGGAAAGUAUGAGCAUUUUUUAUAUAUUCAGGCAGGAGAAAGACUAUUUUAGACUGCAUGCAAGCCAGAAGACUGUGAGCUAAUUUGAAGAGAAGGAACAAAAUCUAUUUUAAUCUCAGUUUCUCUAUAGAAAUGUCAAUAUUUUAUUAAAAUCUAUCAUGCAGCAGACCCCCUUUCUCUAUUGCAUUCAGCUUGCUUUGGCUGCUCCUGUAGAUAUUCCUCCUUUUCCAAAAUAUUCACAGAUCAACAGGAGUUCUAAGGCUGCAAAUUUUCAUUAACCAGUAUUUUGGUCCUUAACAUCACAAUAUAGACUGGGGAUUUCGAAGGCACCCUGCAAAUUUUGAUUCACAGUUUUAAUUUGUUUUUACUUGUUCUUGUGAGUUUUAUUAAGGAAUUGAUGAUGACAUUUAGCUGUACAGAAUGAGUUACAGUAAUGUAGAACCUCAUGUUUUCCUAUGUGGUUAAGGUGAUGUGUGAGAGGGUAGUCUCCCCUAAAAGACAUCUCCCUGGGUCAGUGAGGGCAAACAUUGUAUUAUUUCAAUAUGUUUAAUAAAAUAGCUUGAACAUAAUGUCUCCUUUAAAGUAUGAUGCUCAUGUGAGAUUGCCAAGAUUUAUUCCAGGAUAUUUAACUCUUGGUUCACAGUAAACAUCCUGUCUCAGAAGCAAAUGCAAAAAGCAAAGUUUAAAGACACAUAACUGGUUGUGUAAAACUUUAUGUUUAAACAACCCCUAUAAUAUGGUAUCCACAAAAGAGUGGCAUCUUUAUUGACUAGCCAAAAUGCAAAAGACACAUCAUGCAAUUUAUUGAAGCUUCACGGGGUUUCUUCAUCAGGUGAAGAUGUUCAAAUUAAUCAGGAGAAAAACAGCAAGUGUGUUUCGAGUUACAGGCCUACCUUCUGUCUCAGGUGUGUCUCUGUUUUCAAUUAAGAUGGUUUGAAGGAUAUCAUUGCAGGCCCAAGUUAUUUCCCUUCUUGAUCUUGAAGACAAAGACCAAUAAGAGGCAGCUGAUAAAAUUUGAGCUCCACUAGCAACAGAAAAGAUUCAGCCAUCCCUGUCCUAUGCAAAGUCAACUGCUCUGGGAGUGGUCCCUAUCUGCAUUGAAAUAUUCAAUAUUUCCAUUCAGUACCAUCUUAAUUGACCACAGAAUAACGCCUGAGAAGGUAGGCCCGUUAUUCAGACAUCUUCACCUUUUUUUCUUUCUAUACGCUUUUUAGUAUCUUUGCCUGUUAGAGAAGCCAGUGAAGCAUUGAAAACUUACAUGAGGCAUUUUACGCAUUUUAAUUGGUUAAUAAACGUAUUACUCUUGGAUUUGUUGUAUUUGGCCAAUGGCUCCUCCUGAAUAUGUUUUCUGGAUUUGGAAAUAUUUAAAUAUGGUAGAAACAGUGGUUCUUACCAUUUAUGUCCAACUUUAGGAGUGAAAAAUGAAUACCUUGUUGUUGUGACUUAUUCCCCUUGCAAAUGUAUGUCCUCUAUGAAUCCUGGCUGUCAUUGUUGCCACUGCUGUUGUUUUGGUUGGAAACAUCUUAGCUUUUUGUUUGAUUCCAAAUUAAUAGUGUGUAAAAGAUGUGGGUAUGCACAUAAACACAGUUCAUUGCCACUGGAGGGCAGCAUUUGGAAAGGUUUUCCCUAUCUCUUCCUCACUGUAGAGUCAGAGGAUGAAUAAAAAAGCAUUUUGUUUUUUUCUGGAAUUUCAGAAUGCUAGAAAAACUAAGGGUGAGGGAAAAAGAGGUGAGAAGAUAAUUUAGUAUAACUCAUCUCCAUAGCAUAACAACACAAUUCCAUUGUAGACUCAUAACCACACAAUAAUACAUGAGCUGAAUGAGUACAUUAAAUUGGUUUGUUGUUCCUCCUUCUCUUGCACCCCAAGACAUAAAGCACCUAAAUCUGUGUUGUCUGAAAUGUAGUGAUGGCUAUGACUGGCUGAGCCUGAGAUUAUUGAAAUAGCCUGCCGAUUAAGUGGACCGAGUCUAAAGAGAAGUGCAGUUGGCUUACGCUGUAUGUGGAGUGAUUAUUUCCGUUGAGGGAAUGGGGCUGAUUCUACCGUUUUUCUCCAAAUGGUGAUAGUGAUCACUGUCCAGUUUGGGGCACAUCUCAGGGAUUCCUUAUUGAAAUAAGAGCCGUUAAAGUAGUUUUAAAGAAGUCAUUUUACAAAAUGUGAGCGCUGGAAAGAGCGUGCUUUGCUUGGUUUUUGCCUCCUCUAUAGGAGCGAGAGUGUCGGCCUCUGUACGCAUGUAUUUCUCUUUCGGAAACUGCUCAAGCGCAACAUAUAGAGUCUUUUUCCUCCCAUCAUGUUUAGCUUUAAGCUUUUAUUUAACAACGCCUUUCCCGUUUCUGCCCUGCCUACAACCCUAGGGUUCGGAAUACUUAUUGUAGAUUUUUAAGAGAAAAUGUAUAUUAAUUUAUACUAUUAACUUCACCUCAUAAAUUAUGUUUUAUACUAAAAAAAACUAUUGAGUGUAAUGAAUUAUGUUGCAUAUGUGUUUUAACAGCUAUGAAAUUAUACACAUUUUUAAAAAGUCAUCUCCCCACCCUAUGUAGCACCUUUUUACACUGGAUUUUUGCCGUGUCAAGGGGUACAGUUAUGCUUUGCUACCUUGCAGAUAUAAAUAUAUAAAUAAAAAAAUAUAAAACAGAUAAGUUGAAAAUGGUAUCUUGUACUGACAAAACAUAAUGUUGUUUGACCCACAUGUUCCUCCUCCGAGGACUGUUGUUUUUCUGCAAUAAUUUAAUCUGUGCUUUGUAGUUACGAUGGUUAGAUGUUUUUAGUUACAGGGUAAAUAGAUCAUAUUUGAAGUCCAAAUGCGACGGCUGGAAAUGGGUAACCAAGGUCAUAAGACUUCUCCCCACAGUGAAUAUGUACGUUUCCAGUUUGCUAUACAGGUUGGAUAUUCAUAUGACAAAAUGCUGAAUCUAGGGAUCCACAGUGUCUUAAUUGGGAAUUUUCUCCCCUCCUGUCCUCACAAAGGAACUUUCCCACUGUGACUUAAGAAUAGAACUUAGGAAACUUGUGUGCAUGUAUGUAUAAGAUAUAUGCACACAAACAAACACACUCACAAAAAUAUGCAUUGAGGGAAAACUGUAUGUGUGAUAUAUGAAUGUGUAUAUCGUAUGUAGGUUAUUGGGGGGGUUGUAAAGAGAAAAGUAGCCGAGGGGUGAUAGGAUGUAUUGUGGAAAUGUGGUCACUUAGUUGGGACUCAUUUUGUGCUCACUGUUGUACAAAUAAUCAAACUACAUAUAGUUUUCUACUACAAAGUUAACACACUGAUACUAUGUUUGCUUGAUUGGUUUUUUUAAUUUCUUGAUUGCACUGAUCCCUCUUAAAAUAACAGAAAAUUCCAUGUAUUUCAGACAACAUUAAAAUAAAUAGAAUAAUGGGGUCUUGCCUAAAGAGGAUUUAAAGUGGGAUACUUAAAUUUGAUGAGAGUUGCAGCCAUGCAACUCCGCUAUACAAAUUUAGGGUACUAGAGUUUUCUGCUUCCAGUUUUGAAAUCUUGCUACUAGGCUAUGAACCUUUGUGCUUAGUGACUUUCUGUCCAUGCAAUUGAUGUUUCAUUUCAAAGUUUUACACCAGGAAUUGUUUGGCUAUCCAGAAAACAUACACUGCAAGUCCUGUCAGCCAUAACCAGUGAUGAGGAAUACAUAUUUGCUGUCAGUAAAGGCUUGUUCAGGUUUCUCUUCUGCAUGAAAAGCUGAUACCUUAUAAAACCUAACUGUCAUACCAUGAUUUAAAGGAUAUUCCUGAUAGUUAACCAUAGUUAAUGACCAGGUUAGCAUAUAAUGUAAAACCAUUAUUUAGCAUUGUGUGGGCAAGCCAAUUUUCCUCCUGUAUACUCCCAGUGAAGCACACCUUUUCAGACUGAAUUCACUGAGCGUGUCACUGAUCGAGUUUGAAGCCAACAUAUGAUUGAUUGGAAUAAGCUAGGACCAUGAACACUAACUACCAUUUGGCUGACAUUGGACAUAAUGACAAACUGCAGUUAGUUAAAAAUGUGACUAAAUUUGUUUUGGUUUCCUCUGUGGCGGUGCCUUAGGCUUGGGCAUGAAACAGUAAAUGAUGGUUUGCUCUAUGUAUGAGGACUGCUGUUGCCCUAUGUGACAAAUUGCUUUACUGCAGUAAAAAGGAAAAAAUGAGAAUUUUGCUACAAGCAGUGAUCAGGUUGCAGGGAAGGAAUAUUGGCUUGCUCCCAGUUUUGCUAAUUUCAGUUGGCAGAAAGAUAAUAGUAUGUAUGUUCUAGCAAAUAAGUGUACGGGAAGGCCCUGAACAUCCUUCCUUGUUUCUUUUCCCAACUGGAUAAAGGAGACUGCAGUAUCCAAACUGGAAACAUCUAUGCCUUGAAUGCAGCAUCUGCUUCUGCUGUGGAAAUCAUUCAUUUAAAUUAAAACAUCUCCAUUCAUCCAAAUUAAUUAUUGUUGCACACAUGUACAUCAUAGGGCUUUUUAUGACAGCUUUCAUUGCAAAGCAGACUGUAUUUUUUCUUAGAGCUGAUUUCCCCUAAUUCCUGUUUUUAUUUCAGUUAUUUUAUGAAAAUCGUACUCCUUGUACAUAUGCAUGUAGCGAGAAGGGGGGUUGUGGGUUGUUUAUGGUCUUUGCUUCCUAUUAGUUGACAAACAGGGGAAGUACCAGAGCGAAUUUAUUUAUGGGAAAGGGUAGAUUCCUUUUGUGUAUACUUGUACAGAGAGAUGUAUAUCAGGUGUGGCAGCACUUCGCUGAAUGUGGAAUUGCCCUUCCCAUGUACAAAAGAAUAUGAACGUGCGACUUCUAAUUCUGUAGAUGUGUGCAUAUUUGUGUCCAUAUGCCAAGUAUACAUGUGGCACAUACAGACAAAAUAUAUGUUGCAAUGAGUGUGUGUGUGUGUCGGAUGAAGAUCUAUGUAUAAGAAGCUGAAAUUGUAGUUCCAUUUGAGAGUCUUGGAUAACUUAAAAUGUUUUGAUUGCCACUACUUUUGUUAGCAUGGAAUUCUCUUAAUGUGUUUGCUUUGUUGCUAAUAUAAAAGCCCUAUGAGAUCUCUUCAACAUCUCUUCAGUAAAGCUCCCUUACAUAAUUUCAAUCCCUCUGUUUGUCUAGCAGAAUGCAUCCCUCUCAGCACUUCAUCUUCUACCUGCAUCUCUCCUAGUCCUUAGCAAGAAAGGAGUUCUCAUUCAGUACAGUUAGAAUUGAGCUAGGAUUUACUGCUCAUGUGCUGCUUAUUUUGAUUCCACCAAGCAGUCUUUCUUCUUCUUAUGCCAAAGCUUAAUCUGAAAUAAUUGUUGUCUCUUUACUUCCCGUAUGAUGAUGCAAACAUGUUGAGAAUCUCCUUGGUUUCCUCAAGAUAUGUGUGGAGCUUUUUUGUAUUGUCCUACAUUUUCAAUUCUUUGCUAAAAAUAUUGUUUGGGGUUAAACAUUGCAGAAAGAACAUUUUGAAUAGAGGCUCUAUGAAAUCUUACGAUUGAUAUUUAACAUGGCUCAAUUAAUAUUAUGAAAUAACUGUGCCCAUGUCAUUUUUUAAAGUAACCUAGUCACUUAAAAAUAGUAUUUACAUUCUACUUCAGUUGAAGGCCCCUUUCCAUGACACAUAGUUGAUUUCGGAAUGGUUGACCACAAAACAAAGUUAUCACUGUUGUCCUGCUGUUUGGCUCUAUUCUUUUGCUAUGUAUGACAAGGGAUGUGAGGAAAGAGCAUAUUGUCUUUCAGUGCUUUGCUGUGCUGAUAUUUAUCAUUUUGCAUUGAGUUUUCGGUCUUUUUUUUAUUUAUAUUUUUUUGGUCAUUCGAUUCACCCCAACAUUGGAUUUAGAGAACUGCUAGUAGAAGAUCUCAUCUGUCGACUUAGUAUACACAUCCCACUGAAAUUUGCAACCAGUUCACAUUUUAUUUAGUCUUUGUCCCAUCUGUUAAUAAUAUAACCCCUCUAAAACAACCCUGAGAUUAGUUUAGCUCGCAACAGGAAUUAUAAUACCCUUAAUGUCCAUGCACAACCCAAGAGGUGAUAUUGUAGGACAAAAUGUUUCUGUAUAUGUAUGUGUAUAUACAUGACACACUAUUUCAGGGCAUAAAUAUAUAUUUAUACGUGUAUGCAAUAUAUCCCCCCGCCCCUCAUCCCACUCUGCAUUCCUGAAUAUAUGAGAGAGAAUAUAUCCUUUAUGUAAAUUUUGGUUGACUUUUGGCAUUUUAGCAAAACGCUGUCCCUUCUGGAGUACUUAAGCUGCGUUUUGCAGUUCUGUGUCAUAAAUGAAAGAAAGAAAAAAUAUUUAUAAUUCUCAAAAGCCAUUUGAAAUAGUCUUUUAACAAGAUAGGAGGUUAGUUUAUUAUAUGCUACCCUGUGUCAAUAGGGAAGGUGCCUGUUUCUUAAAUGUGGAUCUUGUUGAUUGUAAUGAUUGCCUUUUCUUUUUAAUCCUGUUUUUAAAAAUAGUAACUAUUUGCAUUCUGCUGUAAAAAAAAAAUCAGUUUUCCUCUAAAUUUCUCUAGAAUCAGCAUGCUUCCAUCACUGUUUACUUGCGCUUUCAAGAGCAUUGGGGGCUUAACAAUAUAUUUCUGUGGGGGAAAACAGUGUUUCCUCAUUGUCCUGCCACAAAUAACAAGGGUUCGAAGAUGUUUUAGGAUUUUUUUUUAAAAUGCCUGGAAAUAAGUAUUUACUCAGGAAGUUCUUCACUGGGAACUACUGUAUUCGAAAGAAUUUGUUGGUCUGUCUUCUACAUCACAUUAUCCUGUAGAUCUGUAAAUCUUUUUUUCCAGGUCUGAGCAUAAAGUGGAGGGGCAUAUUUAAGAACAUGUUUAAAGCAUUGGUGGUUUGAGCAGGUUUUUCUUAAAUAGUUUUCAUUCAAAUAAAGCUAGAAAGGAGGAAAUCUGCAAAUGGUUAAACAUUGGCCAGAAAGUAUAGAAAACUAGGUUCUCCAUCUUUCCUCUCCCCCCCACCCCCCACCCCCCUUUUCCGUCUCUCUCUCUCUCUCUCUCUCUCUUGCAAGAUAUCAAUCUUUCUCAGGGCUAUCCAAGAGAAAAAGUUGGUCUGUGUCAUUUUAAAACUAGCUUCAUUACAGUUUUAUGUAACAUAGAGAUUCAUGGCCACUGUUUUUUGAAAUAGGGAGAAUGUCCAGUGGGAAAACCAUGGUGAGGUAGCGGUGCAUUGCGGGAAAUACAGCUUGCUAAUGGUAGCACAUGUCCUUUAAGGUAACAGCACGAUAGUAAGGAUUAUCAGUCUACAUUCAUGUGUUGUUCCCAUUCGAGCACACUGGUGUCUCUGUUUGUUGUGUUCUUUGCAUAUGUUGAAUUAAAAGCUAAGAAAAUGGUAACAGUUUUCAGCAUAAGUAAAAGCCUAAAGGGAAUAUGCAAACAAUGCUAGCAUGCAUAAAUAUCCAAGAGCAAAUGUAAUUCUUAUCUCAAGACUAGUGUGGUUAGGGACAAUCAAGAGCAACUAUCCCUGAGAAUGCUAGCAUGAAUAAAAUCCAUAUUUCAACACAUUUCCUGCUGGGAAGUUUCAAAGCGGCAUUCCAGAGUGUAAGUCACGAGGCUGGCGUUUGUACUCUCUCUUUGAAUUGGAAGACUCACAGUUUCCUCAUACUUCUCAAUGAAUGUACUGUACUACCAUUUUAAAAACAAACAAAACUAUAAACUUGGUCUCCUUUGGUUAUCUGGUCCUUGUUUAAUUGAUUUAAGGGUUUUUUGUAUACAGAAGUUUACAUUUUUAUGUAUAUUAUUGUGUAAAAACGGAUGUAAUAUGUGUAUAAAACACUUUAUGUAUUAUCUGUAUAUAGUGUGAGAAAAUGAUUUUUUCCUUUCUUUUGGAUGUAUUAAUAAAUCUUGCUGUGAAGUAA